CUCCGCAGGGCGGGGCUGGGAGAAGAGCGAGCGAACUCAGAGAAGCGUCCUGAGUUGCCAUGGAAACGAGGGCCGGCGGAAGGCUUCCCAGCCACAAGGAGUCCGUUGAAAUUUGCCCCCAGGGAUUACUGGUGUUCACCGGAACUUCGGAACAGGACUCGAACUUGGCCAAGCAGUUCUGGAUCGCGGCGUCGAUGUACCCUACUAACGAAUCUCAGUUGGUGCUGUCCCGAGGUAGCAGUCAGCGCCUGCCGGUGGCCCGGCCCUCUAGGCGCAGUCCGCCUGAGACUACUGAUAUCACUGCUGAAACCAUAAAGAUUCAGGAAUCUGAGGAGAAAAAAAAGUAUCUCCAAAAGGCUAAAAGGAGAGAUGAGAUUCUCCAACUCUUAAGAAAACAAAGAGAAGAGAGGAUCUCGAAAGAAGUGGUUUCCCUUCCUUAUAAGCCAAAGGCCAAAGUACACAAAUCAAAGAAAGUGACAUCAGAGUCAGAUAAGGAAGACCAAGAGGAGGUCAAAGCCUUGGACUAA